CAAACGCCAUCUUACCAUGACAUGUUAGUGUUUACUUUCAGUUGAUAUACACUCCGGAAGUUAUAGAAGCUCAUGUAGUCCUUAAAAACAGUAUAUUGUUUGGAUAAUAUCUUUAAACGUCUUCAGCAUGGAUUCCCGCCGGCGUCUCUGUGGCGUACUGAUGCUGCUGGUAACUAUAAGUGUAACCAAGGGUCACGGAGAGCAUCAUCAUCAGGCUGUGCCACCAGAACAACGCCCUACAAGCUUUAAUGAUCCUAAAAUAACACAAGAUGAAGAACAUUUACGAGAGCAUCUAAAGGACGAGAUAAAUCUCCAAAAUAAGGCAAAAAUGAGCCCGGAGGAAAUGGAGUUCCACUAUUUCAGAUUGCACGAUACGAACAACGACACGCACCUUGAUGGUAUAGAGAUUAUGCAGGCCAUGGCACACAUGUUACCAGUGCCGGAACUAGAACUCUCUGAAAAGCUCGGCAAAUCUAAGGAACAGCAAGAAGAAAUGAUGAAAGAAAGAUACCAGGGAAUGCAGAAAUACUACGAAGGAAUGAUAGACCGUGUUCUGUUCGACGAUGACGUGGACAAAGACGGGUACUUGAUCUACUCAGAAUUCGCACGUGCACGACGCCGUGAAGAAUUUCACGCACGGAGAAUGCACGACCAACAUAUGAUGAAUCAACAAACACAGUUUGAACAAUUUAAACAGUUCCAGGAAAUGCAGAAACAAAUGCAAAACAACCCUAAUUUCCAGCCGAAAAUUCCACCACCACCGCCGCCACAGGAUCAACACCAACAGCAUGGACAACAACAACAACAUGGUCAGCAACAACAGUAUCAACAACAUCAAGGACAACAGCAAUAUCAGCAACCCAGAUAAAUAGAUUAAUUCAAAUAUAGCUAUUAAAUUAUUUUUGUUUGUUUUUUUAAUUUAGGAACAUUAUGUAAAAUUAUUUAUAUAAGAGUGUAUAUUAGGUGUUGUUAUGAAAACACUAAAUAAAGUUUUAAGAAGUAUUAGGUAUUUUAAAUGGAAUAUUUAACGAAUAGUUUCCAUAAAAAGUUAAUUUCAAAGAAGUAUUUGUAUACAAGCACGCUUUUUUGAAAUACAUUAACUAUGAAUGCAUAAACUUUUUACAGUUUUAAAAUGUCUCAAUUGGUUUCAUGUUUUAAUAAGUGCUACUGUAUUUAAAAAUGCAGAAGACUGCUUUCAUUAUAUGCGGAUUCCUUAACUAAAAUGUUAUUUUUUAUUAGUCAAAAAAAGUAAUGAAAUAGAUUGUCACAGCGUUGCAUGCAGACAUAUAUACUUUUUUUCAAAUUUAAUUUUGUGUUAUAUUACUUUAAAAAAAUGAAUUUGCACAAACCAAAAAUAGAGGAUUUAUAUUAUAUCGAAAAUGAAUUGCUUUGAACCGUUGUUUAUAUUUUACGAAAAGUGAGAAUCUGCAAUCACUUUAUGUUGCUUUGAUAUAGGUUGUUAAUAUUGUUCAAGUCGCAAGGCUUUGACAGGCUGUAUGCAGGGAUCAAGCUGCACUUUCUGUGGUUUAAUGAAUGAACCUAUCGUCGUUUAUAAAAAGUUUUUGUGCCAGUAAUUGGAACCGCCAUUUGCGACAUAUGAGCCGCGCCAUGAGAAAACCAACAUAAUGGCUUUGCGACCAGCAUGGAUCCUGACCAGCCUGCGCAUCCGCGCAGUCUGGUCAGGAUCCAUGCUGUUCGCUUUUAAAGCCUAUUGGAAUUGGAGAAACUGUUAGCGAACAGCAUGGAUCCUGACCAGACUGUGCGGAUGCGCAGGCUGGUCUGGAUCCAUGCUGGUCGCAAACCCACUAUGUUGGUUUUCUCAUGGCACGGCUCAAUUAUGUGGUGUACUCGUGUCAUACAUAUCUAGUCAAUGGAGCUAGUACCUAAACACUGAAGACUGGUUGUUUGAAAUAUGUUUCUUUUAAUUUCUAUGUUGGUAAUAUAUUCCCAUUUACUCUAAUGUUUUCUUCCAUGUCAUGUUAAAUUAUAGAUAUUUUGUAAUAAAUCAUGGAGUCAAACAAAGAACGUAUUCAAUGAAUUUUGUUUCC